CGGCCAGAAAGCUACAGAGUGCGCCCUAUCUGUCAUCAGUUCCCCUAAGUGCUGAGGUAUAUGUUCGACCGUAGCGGAGAUCGACCGGACACUCAAGAAGGUCUCGGAGGGCGUCGAGCUCUUCGAGAGCAUAUAUGACAAGAUGCAAGCGUCCACUAACCAGACGCAGAAGGAGAAGCUCGAGACAGACCUCAAAACGCAAAUUAAGAAGCUGCAGAGGUUGCGGGACCAGAUCAAGACCUGGGUUGCGAGUAAUGACAUCAAAGACAAGACCGUCCUGCUCGAGAACCGCAGGCUAAUCGAGACGCAAAUGGAGAAGUUCAAGGCCUGCGAGAAGGAGAUGAAGACCAAGGCGUUCUCUAAAGAGGGCCUCAUCCAAUCUGCCAAACUGGAUCCGAGACAGCAGGAGAAGAUGGAGACAACGCACUGGCUUCAGCAACAAGUUGAAGAGCUUCUGCUGCAGGUGGAAACAGCGGAAGCGGAGAUUGAGACUCUCCAGGGCGGUGCGAAAAAGAAGAACCGUGGUGGGGCUACUGCAGAACGGCUUGAGCAGCUGGAGAGACUCAACGAGCGAAGAAAAUGGCAUAUCAGCCGUCUCGAGCUUAUUCUCCGGUUACUCGACAAUGGAACUAUGCCGACGGACAAGGUCAACGCACUGAAAGAGGACGUGUCAUAUUUCGUCGAGAGCAAUACCGAAGAAGACUUCGACGAGGAUGAGGGCAUAUACGAUGAGCUCAACCUUGACGAAGAGGAGGAGAAGUUUGGGCUUGUCAAUGAUGACCACAAUAACGACAGUGACGAGUCGGAAGAUGCCAGCGAAGACUUACCUCCGCGAACACCGUCGAAGAAGCAGCAACAUGAUGAGGAGAGUGUCACAAGUAGUAAACGAGACGGCAGCCCAGUCCUCAAGAAAGCGACAACAACACUGCAAAUGAGGAAGCCCUCAAUAGCAUCAGAAACAGCGAAACCUCCACCGCCACCAAAUUUCGAGCAGAAACCGAUGGCGAGCAUAUUGAAGGCGGGCCUGAACGAGAGCAAGGCACAAACACGGCCACUUCCAGUGAAAUACUCCGCGGCAGCCGCAGCGGGUGUCGGCUCGUCAGCCUCAACGCAACAAUCACAUCCUCCACCACAGACACCGGUAGCUAGCUCAACGGCAUCAACGACACAGCCGGCUACGCCCACGGCAUUGUCAAUAUCUACCGCCAUAUCGACGACAACGGAUGUAACGGCAACGACAGCUUCGCCAAGCUUAACACAUCCAUCGUUAACGAGCCCGGUCAUAUCUUCGGCAGCCUCAAUAUCUGCGAUUCCUGUAGAUGAUUCGCCGUAUGACUCACCUGCGCUUUCGGAGGCGGUCCCAGUGACAACAUCAUCGCCACAGCAUACGCGACCGGAUGAUUCUUUGCCAAUAGCAGAUCUUUCGCCAAACACGAUGCAACCUGCAGACUUGCAGCAGUCAUCAACAAAUGGCACGAGCCAACAAGCAGCAGUGUCCCAAACACCCGGUCCGUCACCCCUACCGACACAACCGCCACAGUACCCUCCUUCUCAGCCAUCAGGUGGCAUACCCAACGGCUCGUCACCAACAGCAGCGGGCCCGACGCAGACGCAACAAGCUAUGCCUCAGUAUCCGCCUGGCGUGGACCAGCCCCCACCGGGCAUGAUUGGCGCCCCUCAGCAGCAAGGCACGCGGCCGUCGAGUGCUGCAGCACAGCAGAUACUCCCUCAACAACAGAUGCGGUCGAACGCAUUCCCUGGCUCUUUAUCCGACCUAGUUACAUCAUUCGAGAACGUCAAGCAGAAGGCGCCGCACCGGAUGUCUGACCUCAACCAUGUGCACAAACUGUUGGAGGGUAGUUACUCAAGUAUGCCACAGCCGCAAGAUACCGAGAAGCCCAAGUACUACGUGCCUCGGAACCCAUUCCAGACGCCGUCGUACUACCCUCAGCAGCCAAACCCCAUCCUUAGCACGCCCGGUAUCUUCUCUCAGCUCGACGUUGAGACGCUAUUCUACGUAUUUUACUUCCAUCCGGGCACGUACCCACAGUAUCUUGCGGCUAAGGAGCUGAAGAGGCAAUCAUGGCGCUUCCACGUCAAGUAUCUGACAUGGUUCCAGCGUCACUCCGAACCUCAGGCGAUCACAGAAGAGUACGAGCAAGGAGUGUACGUCUACUUCGACUGGGAAGGUUCGUGGUGCCAGAGGAAGAAGAGCGACUUCCGUUUCGAGUACCGAUAUCUUUCUGAGGACUAAGCAGUCCGACCACUCAUUUCUCUUCUUGACAAUUAUUCCUCGAACUUUCUUUUUCUUAUUGUAAGCUAACACGUAUCAAUCGUUCAUCGUCCUUUUUCUUUAUCCUGUCUGCUGCGCAGUAGUUGAGUACCUCAAUGAAAC